UCUCAAAACAAAAACAAAUACACAAACUCACCUCAAACCUCUCAUACUUCGACUCAAAUCUUCUCCCGUACUCAAAACUCAAACAGCACCAAAUGGAUUCAACCAGGUUCAAUCUGGGUCUAUCAGCGAUCGUGGUCGCAAUGUUGUUUGCAACCGCGUCAGCUCAAUCAAGCAGCUGCACUUCCGCCCUCAUCAACCUCUCUCCUUGCCUCAACUACAUUACUGGCAACGACUCGAAACCUUCGAGCUCAUGUUGCUCUCAGCUUGGCAGCGUGGUUAGCUCUGAACCUCAAUGUCUCUGUAUGGUCCUCAACGGUGGAAGCUCGUCAUUAGGGAUCAACAUCAACCAGACUCAGGCUCUGGCUCUUCCUGGUGCCUGCAAUGUCAAAACUCCACCAGCAAGCAAAUGCAACUCUAAUGGAGGUGGCCCGAGCAGUUCCCCAAAUACACCAUCUUCAAGCUCACCAUCAGUUCCUAGUGUUCCAUCAGAUAGUGGAUCGAAAACUAUCCCAGGGGUGGGGUCUUCUGACGGAAGCUCUCUCCAAAUUCCAUUCUCUGUCCUCUUCUCUGUUAUACCCAUUGUGGCUUAUGUUUCAGCGGCUUCGAACAUUUUCUAAGUGUCGCAUUUGUAUCGUUCACAUUGAUGAUCGCUUAUGUAUUACAGAUCGGGUAUUGAUAGAUGCGUAUGUGGAGCU